CCUAUCCAGCGUCAGCUAUCCUGGAUAUCUGCUACCAGCUGGACAUUCCAUCUUCAUCGAAAAUACCUGUUACACGUCAUCGAAAGCCUAUGCCCCGAGAUAAAAACGGCCGAUUCAAACGCAAGCAAUCAUCACCUGUUGACAACACCGAUACCAAAAUGCAGCGUCACAACAGUAAGGGUCAACAACCAACAACAUCCAACAAAAUAAUCAUAGAGGACGUGUACGAGGAUGAUGAAAAUAACGACCAACAAAUGGACGAUCAACAUCUUGACCAUAUCCAAACAGACAAUGGGUCAGUAAUUUCAUCCAUUCACGAGGAAGCAGCAAUUGAUCAGCGAUGUCUCACAACUGUGAUUGAAAAGAUAAAUGGAUCUUCGGUGAGUGAAAAUUCGAAACAUAAUUCAUAUGCGAAAGAAAGCGAUAUUCAAUUUGUCGAGCUGGUGCUUAAGGACGCGAUGCAAUUAGAAAAUGUCGGUGAGGAUACCAAAAUGAAAUUGAUUCUGGCAUUAAAAACGGUGCGCGGACUUCAGGUUGAGGUUAGUAACUUACGUAGCAAAUUAGCCAGCGUCGAGCAACAAUUAGUUUCUAAACCAGAUAAAAAGAAAAAGACAACCAAUGCUGAUAUCUGUGAACAACUAAAACACAUGAAAGAAACAAUUGAUAGCUUCUCAAAGAAAAUCAAUGCCGAAACUGAAACUCAACCAAAUGAUUACCGACCAAGUACAUUUGCAGAUAUGGUUAAAAAAUCGGUUGCGGUGAAAAAGCCGUUGCUGGGAACAGUGGUAUCAAUGCCAAACAAUGAAGACGCUGAGCAAACAAGAAGAGCUCUAGCUAGUAAAAUCAUUCCUGCUGCACAUGGUAUCGUUAUUAAGGAAACGGCAGCUUUAUCCAAAGGAAAAUUUAUGGUCAAAUUCGCAAACGAAGAUAAUAAAAAGAAAUUCGAUGAUCUAGUCAAACAAAAUAAAGAUUUUAUUGCUGAAGAUCAACGUAAGCGUAAUCCAAUCGUGUAUCUUAAAGGAGUACGAUUAGAUAUCAAGAAAGAGGACAUCCCACAAAUGAUUGGAUCGUUUAAUGUUUUAAUCACAAACUAUAUGCAUGAAAACAAAUUGGAAGUUGAACAAUGUAUGGAAAUUUGCUUCGAUCGAAAAAACAAACAACCAACCAAAUUUUGGAAUUAUGGUUUACGUGUCGACGCUGGUAUUAGAGAAAUAAUCAUAAACCAAAUGCAAGGAAGAGUAAACAUUGAUUACUCAUAUGUCCAUGCUGAAGAUUUAAAUCCAUUACAUCAAUGUUACAAUUGUUAUGGUUUCCAUCAUCAUGCAGCCAAUUGUCGUGAACCGCAACCAGUUUGCCCACACUGUGCUGGAGCACAUAGUCAUGGAAAUUGUACGAAUCAACGAUUGGAACCGGCGUGUAUUAAUUGUUAUAAAAAUCGAAUCAGAAAUGUUCCGGCCCACAUGGCUACCGAUAAUUGGUGCCCGGUAUUUCAAAAACAAUUAAAAAGGAUGAUCGAUCGUAUCCAUUAUGGAUAA